GUGAGCACAACGAUCUCUGGGAAAUCUCUCUUGUGAACAAUAUGCAUCAUCGUUCGGUUUUCGUUGCUGCAAGCUUGUUGCUUCUGGUGUUGGUACCACUAUGCAAUGGACUACCACUAUGGAAUUUUUUAUCUGGAACAGAGGUCUCCAGAGAUGUUGCCGACAAUGCAGCGGGCGAGAUCGAUCUUGGUGAUUCGCAAGCAACUGCUGAUGGUCGCACAAUACGAAUUCUAAGCUACAAUACAAUGGUACCGGCUCUACAGAUGAUUCUUACUCCAAUCGGUCGCAUGGUGUGGCCUCGUGUCGAGCAAUGGUUUUCUGAUACCUUUGGCUCUUACCUUGACAGUGCCAAUCGGGCUAUUGAAAACAUCGCGCAGUACGCAACAGAUAACAUUUCCUUCCAAACAGGGGAUGUCUAUUACACCAAAAGUGAUAUGAUCAAUGGACAUGGUUAUCAAUCAUUGAUCGUCACCCUUCCUUCAGGAAGAACGGUGACAAUACUGACAUUCAAAUCCAAGAACAAAUUCAACGUCUUCGAGGAAUUUCCACAACUCACUGAUGCGCAAAACGAAGUUAGGAAGAUAGAAUGAUCGCAACAUGUUACACUUAUACACUCUACCACAAUUUUUUGGAUCCAAUUUCCCGCAGAAAUUGAUUUAAUUUAUUCAAGUUUUGCUAGG